CACAUUCUCCACACAACUUUCCCGAGAAAAGCAUCUCUUAAUUUUCAAGUUUCCCAUUUUACCCUUUCUCUCUCUACAACAAUGGCACCAAAAGCUGAGAAAAAACCGGCAGCUGAAAAAACUCCGGUCGCCGCCGGUAAAUCCCCGGCAGAGAAAAAACCAAAAGCCGGCAAAAAACUACCGAAAGACAGCGGCGCCGCGGCUGCCGGAGAUAAGAAGAAGAAGAGAUCGAAGAAGGCGGUAGAGACUUAUAAGAUAUAUAUCUUCAAAGUGUUGAAGCAGGUGCAUCCAGAUAUCGGUAUUUCAAGCAAAGCUAUGGGAAUAAUGAACAGUUUCAUCAAUGAUAUUUUUGAGAAACUUGCACAGGAAGCUUCACGUCUUGCUAGGUAUAAUAAGAAGCCGACGAUUACUUCUCGUGAAAUUCAAACUGCUGUGAGACUUGUUUUGCCUGGUGAAUUGGCUAAACAUGCUGUUUCUGAAGGCACUAAGGCUGUUACCAAGUUCACUAGCUCUUAGUUGUGUUAGUUUGUGUACUGUUAAGGUCUUCAUUAGCUUUUUCUAGGUGUAGAAUUAGCUAGCUUUUAGCUUUAUCUGUUGUUAAUCGUCUGGUUAUUAAUGAAAAUUUCUAGUUUUCGUUA